CCUCUAGAACUAAGCCCAAACAGAGCUCCAGUUCUCUUCUUCAGGCAGAGCCAAGAAAUACACAAGAAAGAAUUUGAGCUAGCUUCACCUCUGAUCUCAUUUCAAGUGGAUUUAUUUCAUUUUAGCUGAGCUGAUACAUCUGGUUUGUCUUUUCUAUUUUCCCUUAAAACAUGAAUCCAUCAAAACCUCUAACAAACCGAAACCAAACUUGUCUUGUAAUAAACCAAGUCCUCUCCAUAAUGAUACAAAACCGUCCAUUCGACACCAAACUCGCAUCAUCAACAACAAACCCAAAUUUACUAACCGUGGAUUCAGUCUCUGAUAUUCUCCGAUCAAUACCCAGAUUCUUCUUUCUUUCUCCAAGUUCCAUUGGCCGCCAAAACACAGCCCGCCAUCGCUCUCCAUUAAAACAACGUAACCUCAAAGAAGAAACCCAUAAAUCACGCCACAAUGUUCUCAUUCUCGGCCCAGCUGCUUAUAGAGAUCCCAAAAGGGUCGCUUUAGGUGUUAACAAAGCAGUUGAGUUCUUUUAUUGGCUUGAAAAUCACUUUAGUUUCAAACACACUGAGAUUACAUGUAGAGAGAUGGCCGUUGUGUUGGCAAGAGGGAGUAAAUUGGAUGAAUUAUGGCAGUUUCUCAAAGAAAUGGCUCAAAGAGAGCAUGGGAAUUGUUUAGGCCUUGUUAGCGUCAGUACCGUUACCUGUUUGAUAAAAGUCCUGGGUGAGGAAGGUUUGGUUCAUCAAGCAUUGGCGUUGUUUUAUAGAAUGAAGCAAUAUCAUUUAAAACCGGAUGUUUAUGCGUAUAAUACCCUUAUUUAUGCGCUUUGUAGAGUUGGGAAUUUUAAAAGGGCAAGAUUUUUGUUGGAACAAAUGGAGUUACCGGGAUUUAGAUGCCCGCCAGAUAUUUAUACUUAUACUAUAUUGAUUAGUUCUUGUUGUAGGUAUGGCUUGCAAACUGGAUGUAGAAAGGCGAUACGGCGGAGGAUAUGGGAGGCCAAUCAUUUGUUUAGGAUCAUGUUGUUUAAAGGUUUUGCUCCUGAUGUUGUUACCUAUAAUUGUUUGAUAAAUGGAUGUUGUAAGACAAAUAGGAUUGAGAGGGCUCUUGAGCUUUUUGAGGAUAUGAAUAAAAGGGGCUGUGUGCCGAACCGAGUUACUUAUAACUCUUUCAUCAGGUAUUUUAGCGUGGUGAAUGAGAUUGAUAAGGCUGUUGAGAUGUUAAGGAGGAUGCAGAAGAUGAAUCAUGGUUUGGCAACUACGAGUUCAUAUACUCCAAUUAUUCAUGCUUUGUGUGAAGCAGGAAGGGUGCUAGAGGCUCGAGAUUUUCUUGUUGAGUUGGUUGAUGGGGGUUUGAUACCGAGAGAGUAUACAUAUAGGUUGGUUUGUGAUGCAUUGAAGUCAGUGAGAGAGGGCAGUUCACUAGGUGGGGAAUUUGAUAAGAGAAUUAAAGAUGGUAUAGAGGAUAGAUAUAGAGAAGUGAAGAAUGUGAAACCAGUAAUGGCAUGUAAGAUGAUGUUGUAGCAUGUGGGAGUUCCUACCUUGCAGACACUGGCUAUGUUUCAUGGAUUUCCUUACCAAUUCCUGGUGUAUCAUCUGUGUCUGGGAGAUUUUCUGUUAUUUAAGAUCAUGGUACUCGUAUUCUUGUCUGCAUAAAACCAAUGGAUGCUAGAACUUCAAGAUGAAUUAAAGGGCGUGGCACACAGGGCAGCAUAGGCUACGUUAGACAACUUCAUGCAACAAGCAGAAUGGGAAGGAUACCUUUGUCACACUGCUGGUUUGCACUAACUAUGGACUUCCACAAUAGAGCUGAACCAUUAUCCACCAAUACAGCUUUAAGCGUGAAUAUUUUCCCAUUUGUUGGACCUCAAAACUGAAUCAGAAAGGUUCUGGUAUGCAUGGCUACUUCGCACUGUUUUUUCAAACCUAGCACAUUGAAGAAGUAAUAUUUUACUCGAAGAGUAGUUAAGAAAAGUACUUUCCUGUCAUUAUAUGUGCUUUACGAUUUUCUAUGUGUUCAAUUUUUUUUUUUGUUAAUAGUCGAAAGUAUAUUUGGUUGAUAUACAAUCAUAAUUGAUGAUUUUUCUUUUGUAUUUUUAAAUUUGUUUUAUCAAGAUUUUUUUGACAAUACUAGGAGUAUCGUAAACGGAUUUUCAAUAUGUAUUUAUGGUUUUUUUUGGUUAUUUUUCUGUCUACCCACCCUCUCAUAUAAAACCCGUAACUAGCACGAUUGCACCUUCCAACCACAAUGGCUCAGUUAUAGUAUCCACUGUUUUAUAAUUCAGCAAUGGUCGGCAUACCAUCACUCACGCCCUCAAUUUUUUUUUAAU